GGAGGAUGGGAAAAGAAUGGAGCUGUCCCAGCUACUCAAUGAGAUCAGGGCAAACUAUGAAAAGCUCCUCACGAGAAAUCAGAUAGAGACCGUGCUCUCAACAAGGAUCCAGGUAAUGAUUUCAUACAGACAGGCACCUUCCAGGAUAAGGAGACAAUCCCUGUCUAUCCAAUUCCUGUCCCGGCCUCUCUGAGCUAGAAGAAGAUAUGAGCAAAAAAAUGGACAAAGACGAAGAGGCUUUAAAGGCAGCUCAAGCAGAACUCAAGGAAGCUCGACGCCAGUGGCACCACCUGCAAGUGGAAAUUGAGUCUCUCCAGGCGGUGGAAAGGGGCCUUGAAAACUCCCUACACGCCAGUGAGCAACAUUACCAGAUGCAGUUGCAAGAUCUAGAGGCCGUGAUUGAAGGACUAGAAAAAGAGCUACAGGAAGUAAGGCGCGGCAUCGAGAAGCAGCUCCAAGAGCAUGAGAUGCUUCUCAACACGAAAAUGAGGCUGGAACAAGAAAUCGCCACAUACCGCCGCCUUCUAGAAAAGGAAGAAAUCAGAUAUUAUGGUUGUAUCCAAGGUGAGAAAAAAGAACAAAAACCUACGACAAGUAGAGUUGGUUUUGUUUUACCUUCAGCCAUUAUAAAUGAAAUAUCUUUUUCAACGAAACUCCCACAAAAGUAUGAGAACGAAAAAGUGGAAACAGUGACCAAACAGGCAAUACUAAAUGGAAAUAUCGUGAAGGAGAGCACUGAGGCUCGUGGCACUAUUCAGACAGAGAGAGUGGAUGAAGUUAUCAAAGAAUGGGAAGGCUCCUUCUUUAAAGAUAACCCUCGAUUAAGGAAAAAAUCGGUUUCUCUUCGAUUUGAUCUUCACUUAGCAGCCACAGAUGAAGGGUGUUUACAGACUAAGCAGGAUAAUCUACCAGAUAUCGAAGUCAGGCUUAUCAUGAGAAGAUCAUGCAGCAUCCCCUCUAUCAAACCUCCAUCAGCAGCUAAUUAAUCCAAAGACAGUAUUUGACUUGAUUUGAAAAUGACAUUAGGGUGGACCAAGGUGGGCCAUGCGACCGCCUUGUGUCCCAAAAUGUAAGUUAUUAAGUAUGUAUGCUAUGAUCAAUGUGUGAUUCUCUUCAGAGAACAAUCAGUACGAGACAAAAUUUCUCUGAAUCUAAUUACAGAUGUAUUCUUUGAAGAGGGGGAGCUUUAAAAUAAAAUCAGAAAC